CAUUUUGUCUCUUCAAAUUUCCCAUUUUUGCUCUCUUUCUUCCAGACUUGAAAGCAUGAAACAGCUGAUCCGCCGGCUCUCCCGAGUGGCCGACUCGUCCCAGUACUGCCUCCUGCGCCACGGCUCGCGCCAGCCGCGGCGAGCGGAGUCCUUCCGAGCCAAGCUACGGCGCUCCUCGUCCAAUUCCCCCGUGGUCCCCGAGGGCCACGUUCCCGUCUACGUGGGCGACGAGAUGGAGCGGUUCGUGGUGUCGGCCGAGCUCCUCAACCACCCGAUCUUCGUGAAGCUGCUCAACAAGUCGGCCCAGGAGUACGGCUACGAGCAGCAGGGCGUGCUCCGCAUCCCCUGCCACGUGUUAGUCUUCGAGCGCGUCCUCGAGGCCCUCCGCCUCGGCCACGACCACUCGCGUGACCUCCACGACCUCCUCAAUUCCUUGCCCUCCUCCGACGACUUCUUCUGAAGGAUUUCGCUCUCUCUUUUUUUUUUCUUCUUUCACUUCUCAAAGACUGUCAGUGAGCUUAGGUGAGAGAAAGAGAUAGUCAGAUAGAACUCACAAGGUAAUCCAGGGAGAUCGCUCCGGGUUUUUUUUUUUUUUUUUUUCUUCCCUUUUUGUAAAUAUAUUUGCGAUCUUCGUCUUUGGAAAGAAAGAGAUAGGGUUUUGUUUCUUGCGCUUUGGAUGUAAAGAGGAAAAGAUUAUCGAUCUGUAGCUGUAAGCAAUGCAAUACUUGUUCUUUGUUGAUUGUUUUCGCUCCAGUUUUGGAUUUAUUUACUUGAUUCUAUAUGUGGGUGGUUUGUGUUUGUUUCCCUGGAUAAUGAUGGGAAAAGGAAAGAAAAGAAAGGAAAGAUCUGGGGACUAAAGAUGUUUAAUUUGUUGCCGAGUAAAAACAAAAAAGAAGAGAGAAUUUUCUCGAGUUGUACUGAGUGACUUGUUUGGAUUUUGAAUAAAAUCUAUAGAAUUCAUUCAAUGUUGGGUCUUUUUUGUUUUGUUGCUUUUUCUCGCUUUAUUUUCUCGACACCCAAACAAGCAGAGGCCCUGAGUUGUCUGAUGCCUUCCCGGCAACUAAAUUAGGGGAUUUGAAUGAGUUCUCACGAAGGCGGUGAAAAUUACGGAAAUGGUCAGGUCCCAGCUGGGGCCGCUCCACUGAGCCGGGUUUAUAACCAUCUAACGUCCGGCGUAACUUAUCUGCGGGUGUGUCGGCGCUGUCGGGUAGAGGUUGAGCGCCCCUU